UGUCUUUAGCAAGUGUUUCCCCUGAGGCUCAUUACUUGGGACUGUCAUAUUUAAGAUACUUUGUACACCGUCAGUUUCCAUGAAGGAAAGUCGGAAGAGGUAACAGAGAAAUAUCCCGCGGAGUCAAAUAAAAACUUUAUCACUAUGUCUGCUCCUGUCUCGGGUAGGAAGACUCCAGUAGACCAUGGUGUUCAGAUUCGCUUUAUAAAUAACCUACAUGAUACCGGAGGGGGAGUGAGUGGUCAGUCCCGAAAAGAGGCUCCCAAAAAGCCUUCCCCCCGCUAUGGCGUGGCGGUUAGGGUACAAGGCAUCGAUGGACAGCCAUAUGUUGUACUGAAAGAGGGAGAGAAAGGAGAUUCUUAUGGAGUGCAGUUGAGAACCCAACCACCUGCUUACAACAGCCUGCCCAGGAGGCAGGAAAAUGGAGUAAUCCAGGGGCCAUAUUUCUCAUCAGGUGAGAAUGGCCACUUGCGUAGGGCUGUUUCUCACGGAGACUUGUUGGACAGCAGUGAUGACUUAGCAGAUCAAAUCCGGCGUCCGCUUGGAGAUGGACGCUCUGGUAGCUACGGCAACCUGGAUGGAGGUGGCAUUGGUGUGGGAACAGAGCGAGACCGUCCCAGAGAAAGGAUGGAGAGAAAUCAGUGGGGCGGUUCCCACCAGGCCGGGCUGAACGGGACUUUUGGAAGAGGAAGAGGCAGUCACUACAUCUCAUCAGAAUCUGUUGAAAUAUCCCAAUACAGUGAACGGGCUCCCAGCUCCAACCGCCAGACUCCUGUCAACCGAUUCUUCGAAAGGUCAGAAGGGGUCUCUUCUGUACAUGCGGAUAACUCUAGGGGGCGCUAUCCAGGCCCUAAUGCAGAAGAGAGACCUGCCUCAGCAUCACCAUCACAUUCAUCUCUUGUUCAGAACUCAUACUCCUCACCACCCUCUUCUUCACCUGGUUCUGCCUACAGCAGCCUUGGACGAGGCUCCGGGUCUGUUGCCAAAGUCAAAGCUGUCACUUCAUCUUCAAAUCAGUGGCCCACAUCAGUUGAUUCACUUGUCACCCCUGACCUCUUGUUGGACCAGGGUCAAAGUUCAGGGUCAGAGUUCUCAUCCGAAGAACAAAUACAGCAGAUAAUCUAUGGUGUUCUGCGACAGGGGAGUACAGAGGGAGACGCUAACAUUAAGCGAAAGGUUCAAGUCAUCUGCAGUAAGAUCCAAGGACUCAAGAGUUCUCAGGUGAACAGAACUGAUGAAUCUCUAAAUGAGGAGCUUGAGAAACAUCUGGAUGAAAAUGUCCAGCUGCAGGAACACCUGGCCAGAAAGAACACAGAGCUACACCAGAUACACUCAGAGUUGACUCAGUUGAGAAUGGACAGAGAGAAAGCAGAGUCUCAUGUCAGAGAGCUGGAGUAUCAGCUGGCAGGACUACAGGAAGAGCUGAGAAGAGAGACUCACAACAGAGCUGAUGCCGACACAAUAAAGAUGGAGUUGAUGUCAGUGAGAGCCGAUUUGGCUGAAGCGACAGCUCUGCGUCAGAGGCAGGAGGAUCUUUUGAGACAGAGAGAGAGAGAGCUGACCGCUCUCAAGGGGGCACUCAAAGAGGAGGUCUCCACACAUGACAAAGAAAUAGAGACGCUCAGAGAGCAAUACCAGCAAGACAUGGAGCGACUUCGAGCCAGCAUGGAGCAGGUUUCACAGUCUCAGGUGUCCAUAGAAGCGGAGCGUCACCGCGUGAACUCCUCGGUGAGGACACUUCAGCAGCAGCUGGAGGAGACCAGAGAUGAGGGGAAUCACUGGAGAGAGCAGUUUCAGUCCGGACGAGUAGAGCUCCGCAAUACCAAACAAGAGUUACUUCAGGCACGUCUGGAGAAAGAUGAGUUUGAGGAGGAGGUUAAAGAGCUGCAGGAGAAAGUGACCGCCAUGAAACAGCAGAUACCAGAUCCCAAACACACACAGACACACAGCCAGGAGCUUGAGCGUUGCCGUGCCGACUUGCAGAAGGCCCAAGCAGAGCUGGAUAAAUUUAAGGAAAACCUUGAUAAGAAGACCAUGGAAAUCGUCUUAUUAAAGAAGAGCAAACAGGAGCUGGAGGCAGAGCAGAAAUAUGAGAUCGACAGGUUGAAGGACCAAUCACGCAGAGACAAGGAUGAGCUGACAAAAGUACAUGAGAGGGCCAAACAGCUUGCGGAGCCAUCAUUGGUGGAAGCCCUGCAGGGGGAGUUGAGUGAUGCGGGAAGGGAGGCGGAGCAACUGCGCAGUCAGCUGCUCUCGGUUAAGGAAGAGCUGCAGUCAGAGAGAGACAGACUCUGCUCUCUUCAAACCAAAGCAAAUAGUCUGAUGCAUGAGAGCGGAGAACUUGAGGGAGAGAAAAUGCGCAUGAAGGAGAAAAUUGCACGCCUGGAGUCUCAGCUGCAGGAGCGUGAAUCUCAGAACAUUGAGGUAGAGCAGGAGCAGCAGGAGGAGACCAGAAGACUAAAGCAGCAGCUGGAGGAGUCCAGACGUGAGAACUCUAGGCUGGGCCUGGAGAGGGACGAGGUGGCUCGCAAUCUGGAGGAAAGAGAGAGGGACAGAGACGCCCUGCGCAAGGAGAACACACAGCUAGAUGACCAGCACAGACAGCAGGAGAGAGCGCUGGACAAACUAAACAAAGAGAUGGAGCGCUUGUCUGCAGCCUCCCGUGAGGAGGUGCGGCUCCUACAGGCUCAGCUGGACGAGCAGAGAGAGAAGUGGAGGAAGGAACAGCAAGACACCCAGAAAAGCACAAAGGAGAAGCUGAGUGGGCUGGAGAGAUUACAGAGCACCAUCCAUUCCCUACAGGAGGAGUUGGCUCGUCAAAAGAAGGAGGUCUUCUCAUGUUAUGAAGAGAGAGACAAUGCUGUGCUGGAUAAAGAGCUUAUGACCAAUCGUCUCAAACAUCUGGAGGGCGAGAUGGAGACGCAGCGCAGCACGCGCAAUGACCACUCGCAAAAGAUCCGCAGCAUGGAGGACAAAAUCAAGCAUCUGGAGCUUGAGUUGGAUGAGGAGAAGAGCAAUGGAGAAAUGCUGACAGAGAGAAUCAACAGGAGCCGUGAUCAGAUUGAACAGCUGCGUGCAGAGCUCAUGCAAGAGAGAUCGUCCAAACAAGACCUGGAACUGGACAAAAAUGCCCUGGAGAGACAGUUAAAGGAGUACAAGUCUCGAAUAGCAGGAAUGGAGGGCCAGACACGUUCUACUACUGGCGUGUCUCAGCUGGAGAGCAAAAUCCAAGAACUUGAGGAGAGAUUGCAUACAGAAGAGAGAGAGAAGAACACAAUGCUGUCAUCUCAGCGACGGCUGGAGAGGAAAUUAAAGGAGCUGAACAUCACUCUGGAUGAGGAGAGACAGCAGCAUGCAGAACAGAGAGACCAGCUGACUCUGAAGUUGAAGGCUCUGAAGAGGCAGGUGGACGAAGGGGAGGCAGAAGUGGAGCGGCUGGAGGGAUCGAAGAGGAAAGCCAUCAGAGACAUGGAGGAGCAGAUGGAACAGAAAGAGGCGAUGCAGUCCCGAGUGACGGCGCUGGAGAAUGAGCUCAAGAGGAAGAUCCAGCAGGCCCGGCAGUCAGUUUUGGACUCCUCAAUACUCAGCUCUGAGGAUGAUGAUGAUGAUGGGUUGUAUGAUCACUCCAGCAUAACCUCCAUACUCACCGAGAGCAACCUGAAGACCAGUUCCUGCUGAAGAGAGAGAUAAGAAUCUGUGGAAUGGGGUGGGAACGAGUGUUUGUUGUUGUAUCUCUAAAAGGAAAUAGGAUUGACACACCAUUUUUAGACACAGCGCAACUUCAGUCCUGCUUUAAAAUCAACAAUUACAGUCUUGGAUUUAACUCUUUUUUUUUUAUCAUAAAUCUUUCGCACUAAUACAUCUGAUAUUUAUACCGUCUGUAGUCACAUCACCAGACAUUUCAUCUACGCCACCAUUCAACCAUUCAACCAUAGAGACAACAUUAAUGAUCGGUGUCAUUUGUCAAUUUGACAAUAGGCCUCAUUUUAGAAGAGAUGUCAAUAUCUCAUUUAAUCCUUUAAGUAUAUUCAGAAUAUAAUUGACCUCAGCUGAUGUUUAUCCUUUUUAUGCCGUGUAUACAGGAGUACAUAGGUUAUUCACAAAGAGAAGUUAUUAUUAAAGAAGUAGGUAACACUGUGUUCAAUGGCAUGACACCACUUAAGCUUAAGUCUUAAGUUAGGCCAGGAGAAAGUAAAAAUCUUUGUUUUACAUAAAGUGAAAGAGGAACACAGAAGGGAGAGGGAACGAAGAAUGAUUUUUCUAGGGUAACGGUAGAAGGGGAUGACUGCAGCAGUUGUGUUGCAAGUACAGAAAUGUACUUUCCCAUUCCAGCUCUUGCGACAAAAGAAAUCUUCCUCCGUAUGUGUAGAAUGUAGAAUUCCAUAAUAUAAAUUGUAAGGAUAUGUACAUUGUGUUUUAGUUGUACAGUUAUUAGAGCAGUAGGUUAGAGGGGUGUAAUGUGAUUCUUUUUUGUUAAUCCUUUUAGAAUAGGCACAUUUAUUUUCUUACUGCAUGUUUACAUAGAACUCAAAUAAGGCAGGAGUGGAUCCAGGUACGAGAAAAUCAGCACUACGUUAAUGCAAGACUGAUGCUCAAAUGCAAUUCAUAACAACAACAAUAAGACUAUAAACACUGAUUUAUGUUUUCUUCAAUUUGAUUAUAAAUCAUGAAAUUGAAGUAUGAGUUUUGUGUGCUUUUGUAAACAUUGCAGAGCUACUGUAUUUAAAAUCAACAGCACUAUCGCCUUUCUGUCCUUAAAGAUGAAAACCUCUAUUUUGGACCUGAUUUGAGCUGGCACUUCUGGUAGAAUUUUAUUUUAUAGGAAUAAUGAAUUAGGUUUAUUUUGUGUUCUUUGUUUACCAUAACUGCUUUGACCUGCUGCUUUCCAUGCACAUUAUUGAAGCAGUAUAAGGUACCGUAAGUGGAGUUUUCAUGCAAUAAAACACAGACAUGUCUGGCAUUUCUUGAUACUAAGCUGCCUUUUUCUUAUAUUUGUUAUUUUAAUAAUUUCUCUUUGCGCACUGCAGUUUUGAUUAAUGUGAAUUGUACAACACAACUACAAUGCCUUGUAUAUGUAAUUGUUUUUAAAUAUUUCCCAUAAACUAAGUAAUGCAGAAUGAUUUAUAUACAUGUAUUUUUUGUAUUUAUGUAUUUGUAAUAGUAUUUUCAUCAAACAAUGAUCAAAUCAAUGAAAGCUUUGUAUUUUUACAUAACCACAUACUUUUCUAUUAAAAAUAAAUUCAGUAUUUAGUA